ACGUGGCUCACCGCGACGGUACCUUGAAGGUGGGCGAGACGCCCAGUCUCAGCAGAGCGGCUGCCUGGUUCCUCAGGAUGAACUGGAAGGCCUCGCAGAUGCUCCACGCUCGAGCCGCCCCUGGAGGGACGCCGGGUUAGCAGACCGAGCAUGGAGGCGGUGCCCGCCCCGCCAGACUCACCGCGCCGCUCGGAACGGCUCGCUCUGACGCGGGUGAUGCGCGUGACUCUAGGGAUGACGCUCCGCUCCUCCACCUCCUUCCUUCUCUGUGGAGGCACCAGGGCUGUGACACCUGGGAGGCUGGAGCACCAACAUUCGACUUUACCUCGAUGACGUUGUGGCAGCUGCGGCAGAAGAAGCGACCCUCCUCGGACACGCCCCAGUCCACCGCCUCACACUGGCCGCACGCCUCCGUGAAGCCGGCCUGGGCAACACAGACGUGGUCACGUCAGACUCACCAGGAGGACCACCACAUGACGGCUCAGGCCGGCGACGACCGGAAGCGCCCGGCAGGAUCCGAGGUCUAAAGUCCUUCAUUCUGCUGUGGGAAAACUCUUUCAUCCGCAAACUACAGCCGUGAUGGGGUUGUUCGGGGUCACCUCUUGAGUCGUUAGCAACUCGUGAUCACGUGAUCGACUCAAAACAACACUGGCUGCUUCCUCGACUCGAAACGCCACAGAAGUCUGUGACUCUUCUUCCACUGUCCCGGCCGAUCCACGCCGGGUUUUGGAAGCAGUUCUGAAACCGGAAGCAGGCCAACUACAGCCCCGCGUUCACUGAAAUGUAAACAGCAGUGAGAACACGAACACGCGCCGAGUUGAACCGUCGCUGGAUUCUGAUCCGCGGUAGCGCAGCACUGGGCGACCCGAGAGGCGAACAAAUCGAAGUCAACCCGAGAAACACUAAACUCGCGAGACGCCGCCACUUGGAAGCGAGGAGCCGGGAGUUAGAGCGGACCACACGGAAGACUGACGCCGCGAGGACGGACGGACGGGAGAAGAGAAGCGGCCAAGUUACCGUCAGCUCCGAGUCCAUGCUGGUAGCCGGGGGAGCUCGCGACGCACGUGGGCCACAGGACGUCACCGACAGAUUUCUUCGGCUGCUUGCUGCCACGCGGCGCUCUGCUGCCCUCUGUUGGAGCAUGAAGGAUGUCGCCGCGCUCAGCCGACGUUACAUUAUUGGAAGAUAAACACAGACCAAAGUGUCGUUUUUCAUACCAAGGUCGAACGUAUUCCAUCACCCUGUCGUCCACAGCAGCGAAUCACUGAAGAACUGAGCUCGUCGUCCCCACCGGUCCACUCUUCUAUCGACGUCAGGUCACGUGUCACACUCUCCCACUGCUCAGUCUGGAGGUCAACAAUGACGUCACCUAGAUGCCGUCACCGUCGUAUGGACGGAAAAUGUUAAUCCACGAAGGAGUGAGGUCAAGGCAGGUCACUUCAGGAUCGAUGGCCGUCUGGACUUCGGUGGCUCGACUGCGAUCUUUUAUUCUGAAGGAGCCGCCGUGUGGGCGAUGCGCUGUGCUUCCGGCGGGCUUGGUGCGCUUCCUUGUUCGACUUGACUGUCGGACAUAAACAGAGUUCGUUGAAGAAAAGUUUUCUCCGGAGACCAAACCGAGCCCUUCCGGUCUACCUGACAGGAUUCCUGCCAAACCGAUAGCAGGGACGAGGAAGUCGCGAGCCUCCGCGUCACUUUGUGUCCGAUUAAUCCCGGAUUAUAAUCCCGCAGCCAUGCAGCUGCUGGCGGCGCUCCUAAUCUCCCUUCGCGUUUUCAUCGGUCCAAGCGAGGCGGCCGAGGACUCGGACCGGGACCAGGACCUGUCCUCACUGCACGAGCUGCUGCGAGACUUCGACGUCCUGCCUCUGUCACGCCUGCAGACGCACUCGCUGCGCCGCCGCGAUGUGGCGCUGCACACACAUGUGGAGAAGCAGCUGAGCUUCCACGCGCUCAGGAGACACUUCCGGCUCUAUCUGAGGACCAACGACCAGCUCUUCACCGACGACUUCAGUGCUGUGGUCAUGGAGGCCGGCGGCCGUGAGCGGACGGUCCAGGUCAACCGGCAGAACUACUUCAGCGGACAUGUCAUUGGCGAGCAGCACUCGCGGGUCCAGGCUCACAUCGACGACCACGAGUUCUCCGCCCACAUCCUGAGCCAGGACGGGGAGUUCAUGGUGGAGCCUCUCUGGAGAUUCACCGCAGCACCCCCCGAUGGCCGGCUGCUGGUCUACCGCUCCGGGGACAUCAGGAACAUCAGCCGACUACAGCGUCCCAGCGUCUGUGGCUACCUGACCUCUGACCCUGAGCACCUCCUGCCUGCCGCCGUGAGAGCGGGAUGGAGCGAGGAGCGAGCGGCCGACGGCGGCUCUCGCCGAGAAAAGCGCCAGGUGCAGGAUCCCAGGAGGAACACGUGUCCGCUGCUGCUGGUGGCUGACCAUCGCUUCUUCAGACACAUGGGCCGAGAGGAGGAGAGCACCACCCUCAACUACCUGAUCGAGCUGAUCGAUCGUGUAGACGACAUCUACAGAAACACCACCUGGGACCAGGACUUCUCUGGAUACGGGGUGCAGAUCCAGCAGAUCAUCAUCGAGAAGAUGCCCACCGCCGUGUCUCCAGGUCAGAUUCACUUCAACAUGGAGGGAAGUCCAGCCCCCGGGCGAGACGUGUGGGACGUCAAGAGACUGCUGGAGCAAUUCAGCGAGGACAUGGCGGACAAGGCCGCCAACGUGUGUCUGGCCCAUCUCUUCACCUACCAGGACUUUGACGAAGGCACGCUGGGCCUGGCCUAUGUGGCUCCAGCCAAGCCUGACAUCCCGGGCGGACUCUGCUCCAAAGCGUGUUCGGCCUCCAACCAGCGCCUCAUCUACCUCAACACGGGUCUGACCAGCACCAAGAACUAUGGCAAGACCAUCCUGACCAAGGAAGCGGACCUGGUCACCACCCACGAACUGGGCCACAACUUCGGAGCGGAGCACGACCCCGACAACGUCCCGGACUGCGCCCCACGGGAGGACCAGGGCGGGAAGUUCGUCAUGUACCCCAUCGCUGUGAGCGGCGACCACGCCAACAACAAGGUCUUCUCCGACUGCAGUCGGCGCUCCAUCGUCAAGCGCCUGCGCUCCAAAGCGUCCUCCUGCUUCCGGGAGCGCAACACCAACGUGUGUGGCAACUCUCGCGUGGAGCGAGGAGAAGAGUGCGACCCCGGGCUGCUGCACCUCCACUCCGACGCCUGCUGCACCACGUCCUGCCGCCUGCGGCCCCACGCUCGCUGCAGUGACAGGAACAGCGCCUGCUGCAAAAACUGCACGUUCGAGGUCAAAGGUCAGGUGUGUCAGGAGCCCAUGGAUGCCGCCUGUAAAGGUCAUUCCUACUGCACAGGCGACAGCGAGGAGUGUCCUCCCCCCAAAGACGCCCUGAACAAGACGCAGUGUCUGGACAACGGCCAGUGCCUGCUUGGCGAGUGUGUUCCCUUCUGCCAGGCGGUUCUGGACCUGCUUCCCUGCGCGUGCAACGAGACCGACUCCUCCUGCAAGGUCUGCUGCCGCUCCGCCGCCGGCAUCUGCGCCCCCUACCAGGACCCCAGCGGCAGCUUCCUCUUCCUGCGCAAAGGGAAGCCAUGCACGGUGGGCUUCUGCGACGGAGCGGGCAAGUGCAUGAAGCAGGUGCAGGACGUGAUCGAGCGGCUCUGGGACUUCAUCGACAAGCUGGACAUCAACACCUUCGGCAAGUUCCUGGCUGACAACAUCGUGGGCUCGGUGGUGGCCUUCUCCCUGCUACUGUGGGUGCCGCUCAGCAUCCUGGUCCACUGUGUGGACAAGAAGCUGGACCAGCAGUAUGAGCAGACCAAGUCCCUCUUCUUCUCCAGCAACGCUGAGCUCCUGAGCAGCCUGGAGUCGGCCUCCGUGCGAAUCUUCAAACCUCCCGUCUGCUCCGCACCGCCACGCUUCCCGGCCACCGCACCCCUGCAGACCAGCACGCCGCCCGUCCUGGCCGCGGCCGCCGACCCGGCCGCCCAGGAUGGUCCUCGCAUGGCCACCAUCGACGAAGACCCCAGCUUGGACUCACACCUGGACGAGGCUUUUGAGAGGUUGGGGGGGUCGAACCGCCGGUCGUUUGAGGACAUGACAGGGGUCACGACCUUCCGGCUGGCCAAGCAGGAGCGGCUGGACAAGGAGACGCAGUGCUGACGGCGAGCUGGUGACGUCACGGACACGCCUGACCGAUUCCACGGGAAUCGGAAGCUUAGCUGCAGUGCCACUGCUCGUCCAUCGGGGGCAGACGAGGACUACUCCAGUUGACUGACUGGACCCCGUGCUUUCAAUAACAAAGCGCUGUUGAGGGCCCACCAGCGCCCCCUGCAGGUUUCUGAAACUUGUGCUUGUAUGUUUAUGUUGCAGAGAAGUAAAAGCUUUAUACAAAGUUUAUGCUUUGAUUUGAAGAAGGACAGAAGGAAGCGAACGUCACAAGCCAAAACUUUAUCUUGGCCACAAUAAAAAAAAGUAGAAAAGUGAGCGGUGGGUGAUGACAUCACACAGGGGGCAUGGUCAGUAGACGGGGCUGAGCGCGUCGUAGAGCCGGUGGACGGCCACUUCCACCAUCUCGCGGAGACACUCGUCCUCCGAACACGUCACCGCCUGAGAUCAGAGGUCACAGUCAGCUGAGGUCGCGUGCUCGCCGCCUCAAACAACUCACUCUGGUCUGGGGGUUCACCG